CAUCCCAGCGACGUUUUCAUAGUGGGACUGGGUUGGCCAAACUAAUUCAGAAUGGAUUUUAUACCUGUUAUUGACUUUGAUGUCUACAGACUUGGUGUAGAUGAUGUAACUGAUGACAAUCUGCAAACGUUAGGUGAAGAACUGAAAAGGGCUUUCUGCGAAGUGGGGUUUGUUUAUCUAAAGAACACCGGAAUUGACCAGAUGGAGGUGAAUCAGGUCAUGGACAUUUCUAAAAAGUUCUUCCUGCUCCCCGAAGAAAAGAAAAGCUCAUUUAAACGGGGCGGUUACGUUAACAGUGUACAUCAUGGUUGGGUCUCAAUGGAGACAGAAAGUUUGAAUCCUCGCCGUCCAGGUGACUUGAAGGAGGCCUUUAACGUUACAUCUUUGCGCACGGAUAUUGAAUGGCCCUCAGACGGUGUUGAUGGUUUUCGUGACAUCCAAGUGUCUUUCUUCUUGCGCUGUAAGGAGCUCUCUCUCCGGGUGCUCAGGGUGAUGGCACUCAGUCUUGGCCUGGAGUCCAGUGUGUUUCUUAAAGCACACAAAUGCAUUGGAAGUGACACAAAUGGCACUACACUGCGUUCCCUCCAUUAUCCUCCAGUGAAGAGUGAGCAUGUCAAGGUAGGACAGAUCCGAUGUGGAGAGCACUCUGACUAUGGAACCAUCACUCUGGUCUUCCAAAGCCAUGAAGGUGGCUUACAGGUCCUGAGUCGUAAAGGGGAAUAUUUCUCAGUCCCAAGCAUUCCAGGAACAUUUCUGGUCAACAUUGCGGACUUGAUGCAGAGAUGGACCAGUGAUGUGUUUGUGUCUACUGUCCAUAGGGUUUUGCUGCCCCCUUUAGGUGACUCAAGCACACGUCAGUCAUUGGCUUUCUUUGUGCAGCCAGAAGACGACGCCAUCAUCACUUGUUGUGAUGGUUCAGACAAGUACCCUGCACUGAGGACAGAAGAUUACCUCCUAGCAAGAUUCAAGGACACAUAUGGAAUAAAAUAGAUCUGUUAUGACUUAUAGCUCAUCCAGAAGUUUAUAAAUGCUGGAAAUAUUUUUCAUAUAUUUUGUAACAACUAGUAGGCCCAUUUUAACAAAUAGACCCAUAUAUAUCCAUAGGCAUGUACUAGAAAUCAGGAUGAUUCAAGAGGUUUGUACAUUUUGCAUUUGAAUCACAUUCAUAAAUUGAGCUUAUGAUUAGUGUUUUGAUUAAGUGCUAUUCCAUUCCUUUGCUCACUCAGUCCUUAGUGUAAAAAAGUGUAAACUGUAUUCUCUUGUAGUUCACAAGAAUUGCUGAACAUAUAUUGGAAUAAUGUAUGGAUGGCAGCAUUUACGAUUUAAAUGAUCUCUGUUGACAAAUAAAAGCUUGGGUUACUAUGA